UGAGUGUUGAUAAUAGAAGUUUUACCAGAGCUUACAGAUUCACUAUUUCUUUAGGAAAAAAAGAUUUGCAAAUCGGCUAUUCAUAUGCUAUGCUAUUAUUAAUAAAACUGUAUCAUUCAUUGACAGAAUAUUUCAAAUAAAACUGACAGCCUAACAACAUUUGGAUGUGAAUGAAUAACAAAAUUAAUUGGAUUUUGUUACUAAGAUUUUUUCUUCAAAAAAAAACUGCUAUUUGCGUGAUAUCCUUUUAUUAAUAAAACAGUAUCAUUAAUUAACAGAAUAUUUGAAAUAAAACUGAAAGUACAACAAGAUUCGGAUGUGAAUAAAUAUUUAAAAAAAUGGAUUUUGUUUUCAACUUACUUCUUCCUUACUGAUAUGUGAUAUUCAUGCGUCAAGAGUACAAAAUGGAUUUUAAUAUCAGCAAUUUGAUAGUGCUGAUGACUGUUAUUUCAGCAAAUGUGCAUUGUCAGCAAAAUGGAACGCAAGACCAAGGUUACAGAAAGACGCUUAUAGAAGGUUUAUUUUUAGGAUAUGACAAUAGGCUUGCUCCUACGUCACCCGAAGAGGGAGCGACCGAAGUAACAAUUCAAAUAUUUUUAACAAGCAUUGAUACAAUAAGUGAAUCAAAUAUGGACUUUUCCCUCAGUAUGUUCCUGAGACAGAGCUGGGUUGACUCCCGGUUAAAUUUCACACCAAUCAAAGGAAUGCAAAAGCUUGAGUUAGAUACGACGUCAAUUUCAAAAGUGUGGAUUCCAGACCUGUUCAUGCCGACGGAGAAAAGGGCGUCGGUUCACCACGUGACUGUACCAAACAAAUUAAUGCAUGUGUAUCCGGAUGGAAAGAUACAAUAUAGUCUCAGGAUUUCUGCGACUAUAAAAUGCAACUUUGAUUUACGGAAGUUCCCAAUGGAUUCUCAGCAUUGUUUUGUAGAAAUGGAAAGUUAUGGUUAUACAACUGAAACACUUCGAUUUAAAUGGGAUAAAAAGUCAAUUAGCUCUCAGGGAGAUAUCAAGAUACCACAGUUUUACCUUAAUGACUUAACAACGAGCCAAUGUGAUAAGCUCUACUACGGAGUUGGAUACAGCUGCGUCCGGUUCGACAUAUACAUGCAACGAAGCGUGGGGUAUUACGUCACACAAGUCUUUAUUCCGAGUUAUUUGAUAGUGUUUCUAUCUUGGGUGUCAUUCUGGCUCGACAUAGACGCCGUUCCUGCACGGAUUUCUCUUGGGUUGCUCACAGUUCUUACUAUGACAACGCAAAGCGCCGGUGCAAGAAAUAAUCUACCAAAGGUGUCUUAUCUAAAAGCUAUUGAUGUAUGGAUGGCUGUCUGUUUGGGCUUCGUUUUCCUGGGCCUCGUUGAGUUUGCUUAUGUGAAUGUGUUAUCCCGUGUUGAAAAGCGACGUAAGAAAUCUACAAUUGGAAGUAUUGCCGUAGGCACAAUGAUGGCAGGUGUUGCUGCCAAAAAUGCAGUUCAUGCAUCGCCCGGUGGAUCUGAAAACAAAGAAUCGGAAGAUUCUAAAGUAACGCCCAAUGUAAAGCCAAAUUUCCUCAGUGCUAUGAAGAAAAUGAAGACGGUAAAUGCCGAUCAAGAAAAUGAUGGAGAAACUGUACAAGAAGACAUGCCAAAUGAAAAGCCAAACUUCCUGAAAGCUAUGAAAAAGAUGAAUUCUGUAACUGAUGAUGAAGAAAAUGUUGAACAUGAAACUGAAGUAAACAUAGAAAAAGAAAAGCCUACAUUUAUCAGCGCUAUGAAGAAGAUCAGUUUUACAAAUGGUGACCAAGAGAAAGGUGAAGCGGGCCAACAAAAUACAUCAAAGGAAAAGUCGAAAUUGCUCAAUCGCAUCAAGAACUUGGAUAUUCGAAGUGUUUUAAAUGCAGACAGAGAAAAGGCUCGCAAUGUAGACAGAAUUUCUCGUGUAUUAUUCCCAAUUAUGUUUUUGACUUUCAAUUUAGUUUUUUGGUUAACUUAUAUCUACUGGGAACCACAGAAAGACUAGAGGGACUAGUUAUGCAAAAGGGAAUACGGGACAAACACACAUGGUUAAAGAGCGAAAAAAGGUGUUUAGAAUUAUAGGUUUGUUUGUCUUUUUGUUUGAACCCGUGACCUGUUGAAACAACAUGAUAAGCCUAUGCCACCAGUAUUCUAAAAGAACUUUCCCUGACAUGCGUGUAAUUUGGUCGUUUUUUGUAAAUCCCCUUCCGCGUAGCAUAAGAUAAUUUUCAAAAAUGUAAACAAAGGGACAUUUUUUAUGAUUGUUUGUUUUCAUUAUGUUUGUUAUGUUUUUUAAGUUGUUGUUGUUUUUUUUUUAAACUACAUGCCUCCAGAUGUGGCAAACUAUUUUAAGAAAAUCAAACUUGAUAAAAACUUAUUAAACUUUUAAGACCAAAAUUCAAUUUAAACAUUGUGUGUGAUUAGUGACUAAUUUUGCAGUAUUUAUCACCAUGUUUCUACUGUGUGACGUACUUAGUAAGGAUUAUUUCUGGUAAUUUACGUGUUGCAAUGUGUUUAUUUUUAUUCAGAAUAUUUUACGUUUGUAGAAUUUUCAUGUCUGUAGAAGGCUUGCUGCUUUAAAUGGUAACUUG